GGCGGAUGCGCGGGCGGGCGGCGGGGCCGCUGUGCCGGGGGCUCCGCGGGAGAGGCCGCCAGUACCCCAAGUCUGACCAUCAAAUAUGAUUCUUUGCCUGCUGCAUGAAACUCCUUAAGUACUUCUUUUGCCAUUUGGCCACAUGGCUUCAACUACAAUGCAACAAGCUUUAGAACUGGCAUUGGAUCGUGCUGAGUAUAUCAUUGAAAGUGCCCGUCAGAGACCUCCCAAAAGAAAAUAUUUAUCCAGUGGAAGAAAAUCUGUAUUUCAAAAACUUUAUGAUUUAUAUAUUGAAGAAUGUGAAAAAGAGCCUGAGAUAAAGCAGAAGCUGAGGCGAAAUGUGAAUUUACUUGAGAAGCUGGUUAUGCAGGAGACGUUGUCAUGUUUAGUGGUGAACCUCUAUCCAGGAAACGAGGGUUAUUCACUGAUGCUCAGGGGAAAAAAUGGUUCAGAUUCUGAGACCAUUCGUCUGCCUUAUGAGGAAGGAGAGCUGCUUGAAUAUUUGGAUGCAGAGGAACUACCACCUAUUUUGGUUGAUCUUUUGGAAAAAUCUCAGGUUAAUAUUUUCCAUUGUGGAUGUGUCAUAGCAGAAAUACGUGACUAUAGGCAGUCUGGUAACAUGAAAUCUCCAACGUACCAAAGCAAGCACAUUCUUUUGAGACCUACAAUGCAGACUUUAAUUUGUGAUGUGCAUUCUAUAACAAGUGACAACCACAAAUGGACACAGGAGGACAAACUCCUACUUGAGAGCCAACUUAUUUUGGCUACAGCAGAGCCUUUGUGUCUUGAUCCUUCAAUAGCAGUGACCUGUACUACAAACAGACUCCUGUACAACAAACAGAAGAUGAACACUCGCCCCAUGAAACGGUGCUUCAAAAGGUACUCAAGGUCCUCUCUGAACAGACAGCAAGAAGUAGCUCACUAUUCAACUCCACCUCAGCUCAGACUACUUGACUACUUACAGAAAAGGAAGGAGAGGAAAGCAGCCCAGCAGUAUGACCUCAAAAUUUCAAAAGCUGGAAAUUGCGUGGAUAUGUGGAAACAGAACCCUUGCUACUUGACUGCUCCUUCUGAAGUAGAUGUGGAAAAAUAUGCCAAAGUGGAAAAGUCUAUCAAGUCUGAUGACUCACAACCAACUGUCUGGCCAGCACACGAAAUGAAGGAUGAUUAUGUGUUUGAAUGUGAAGUUGGUAAUCAGCUUCAAAAAACAAAACUGACCAUUUUUCAGUCUCUUGGCAAUCCCUUGUACUAUGGUAAAAUUCAGACACUCAAAGGUGAUGAGGAAAAUGACAACCUAUUAACUCCAUCACAGUUCCUUAUUGGUUCGAAGACUGAUGCUGAAAGGGUGGUGAACCAGUACCAGGAGUUAGUGCAAAAUGAAGCUAAAUGUACUGUGAAAAUGUUUCAUAAUUCAAGUGGAUCAGUCAGUCAUCUUUCUCCAGGGAAGGAAAUGGAACAGCCAGAAAGUGUAUCAGGCUCUGUUCAGUCUUCAGUACUGGGGAAAGGUGUAAAACACCGACCUCCUCCUAUCAAAUUACCUUCAAGUUCAGGAAGUAGCUCUUCAGGUAAUAUUUUUAGUUCACAACAGUCAAGUGGCCAUCUAAAAUCCCCAACUCCACCUCCUCCUUCUAAGCCUCCUGGUCUUUCUCGGAAACAAUCUAUGGAUCUUAAUCAAGUUAGCAUGCUCUCUCCAGCUGCCAUGUCUCCUGCGAGCUCUUCACAAAGGUCUGGAACUCCUAAACCAUCUACUCCUACUCCAACCAACACCCCUUCAUCGACCCCACACCCUCCUGAUGCUCAGAGCUCAACUCCUAUUACCCCUUCUGCCACCCCUACUCCCCAAGAUUCAGGCUUCACCCCUCAGCCCACUUUGUUAACCCCGUUUGCUCAGCAGCAAAUGUCUCUGAGCCAGGCACUGCCUGUAAUGACCAUUCCUCUUUCCACCAUGGUAACAUCCAUUACUACAGGAACAACCUCCACCCAGGUCAUGGCAAACCCUGCAGGACUUAACUUCAUCAAUGUAGUGGGCUCUGUGUGUGGAGCACAGUCACUGAUGAGUGGUUCAAACUCUAUGUUGGGGUGCAACACUGGUGCCAUAGCCCCUGCAGGUAUAAAUCUGAGUGGCAUUUUACCCCCAGGAGGUCUGGUACCAAGUGCGCUGCCCGCUGCAAUGCAGUCUGCCUCUCAAGCAGGCAGCCCAUUUGGUUUGAAAAAUACAUCAAAUCUUCGGCCCUUAAAUCUUCUACAGGGGUCUGACCAAGGUCCAUCCAAUCAAGAUCAGGCAUUAUCUGCCCAACAAGCUGCUGUAAUUAACCUGACUGGAGUAGGGAAUUUUAUGCAACCUCAAGCCACAGUGUUGUCUCAGCUUGGCUCUGCCGUGAACAGACCUGGGCAAAGCCUUCCUCAGCAGAGACUCCAGCUCUCUUCUGCCUUGCAACAGCAACAACAACAAGCCUUGCAGCAGCAGCAGCAACAGAUACAACAGUUGCGAUUCUUGCAGCAUCAAAUGGCUAUGGCAGCGGCAGCAGCACAAGCAGCUCACCUGCAUCAUCAACAGCAUUCAGGCAGCCACUCAAAAAGUAAAAGGAAAAGAGGCACACCGGCCCCUCCAAAAUCAUGAGACUUGCCUCCCCCCAAAAAAAUUGAUUCAAAGGGGGGUUUUUUUCAGAUUAUUAAGGAGAAGGCUUAAAAUUAAAUUAGUGUUUUAUAUUACUUGUGGGAAAAUGAAUUUUUGACAUUACACUAAAAGAAAUGAACUGAUUUUGGAAGCCAACCUUACAGAACUUAAAAAAUUCAUCUAUAAAGUGGCUAGAGUCUGGUUUCCUCAAGUCACAUAAUUUUUUAACAGAAUGUUUUAUCUUGUAUUUUUUACCACUCAACAGCAUUGUACAUAGAAUAAGGGUGAAAAACAUUUUAGAAAAAAUGAACUUUGUAAAUGUAGUAUUGGUAUUUGUUUAUUUAGUAUGAAAGGUUUGUGAACACUGUAACAAAUACAAUUUUUACAAAUCCA